AUGGGCAGUGGCUGCUCUUCUCUCUCUUACUCUUCUUCCACUUGCAUUGCCACUGCUUUCUCUAUUUCUUCUUCUUCUUCUUCCUCUUCCCUCAAACUCAAUCCAAUAAGCUUCCGCUUCCAGACCCCUACAAAUCUGAGAAAUCAGGCACCUUUGAGGUGUGGGAGAUCCCUAGCUAUGGAAUCACAGAAACCCAUGUUCGAUGUCGAAAAGUUUGACGAUGAGUUUGUUCAGAAGCUGGUUUACGAUGCUCUCGUCUGGUCUUCUCUUCACGGACUUGUCGUCGGUGACAGAGCUUAUCAGAAAUCAGGGAAAGUUCCAGGGGUUGGGAUGACGCACGCUCCGAUUGCAUUGCUGCCGACGCCAUUCCCGGAAACUUACUGGAAGCAAGCUUGUGAAGUCGCUCCCAUUUUCAAUGAAUUGGUUGAUCGUGUGAGCUUGGAUGGUAAAUUCAUACAGGACAGUCUCUCCAGGACGAAGAAAGCUGAUAUCUUUACAUCUAGACUUCUUGAUAUCCACUCCAAGAUGCUAGAAAGCAACAAGAAAGAGGACAUACGUUUGGGUUUACACCGGUCAGAUUAUAUGCUUGACGAAGAAACGAAAUCACUGCUUCAGAUAGAGAUGAACACUAUCUCGUCUUCUUUUUCAGGCCUUGGUCGUCUUGUUAGCGAGCUACACCAGUCCUUGCUUCGAUCUUAUGGGGAUCAGCUUGGGCUAGACUCUGAACGUGUACCCAAAAAUGCAUCCACUAGCCAAUUUGCUGAUGCCAUGGCUAAAGCUUGGUUGGAGUACAAUAACCCAAGAGCGGUAAUCAUGGUAGUUGUGCAGCCGGAAGAACGCAACAUGAAGACUUUAGCAGAAGUCGAAAAGGAAGGGCGUGUACAAGAGGACGGUACCCUUACUGUUGGUGGCCAAGCAGUUGCAGUGGUUUAUUUCAGAUCAGGCUAUUCUCCCAAUGAUUAUCCAUCUGAAUCAGAAUGGAAUGCUAGGUUGCUUAUAGAGGAGUCCUCAGCAGUCAAAUGCCCGUCUAUAGCUUAUCAUUUGACUGGCACCAAGAAAAUCCAGCAAGAACUCGCUAAACCAGGUGUUCUCGAGAGGUUCUUGGACAGCAAAGAGGACAUUUCUAAGCUGAGGAAAUGCUUUGCCGGGCUUUGGAGCUUGGACGAUCCAGAAAUCAUCAAGAAAGCUAUAGAGAAACCCGAGUUGUUCGUUAUGAAGCCUCAGAGAGAAGGCGGAGGAAACAACAUCUAUGGAGAUGAUGUGAGGGAAAAUCUACUGAGAUUGCAGAAAGAAGGAGAGGAAGAAAACGCUGCAUAUAUCCUAAUGCAGAGGAUAUUCCCAAAAGUAUCAGAAAUGUUCUUGGUGCGAGAUGGCGUUCACCAUAAAGACCAAUCUAUAUCAGAACUCGGUAUCUAUGGUGCUUACCUCAGGAACAAAGAGAGAGUCAUAAUAAACGAGCAGAGCGGUUAUCUGAUGCGCACCAAGGUCUCGUCAUCAAAUGAAGGUGGUGUUGCGGCCGGUUUUGCCGUCUUGGAUAGCAUUUAUUUGAAUUGA